AUGGAUUUAACCGGUGUACCGACGCCUACAAUGGACUGGGACAGUCCGAAUUUGUUGGAAACAUUCAAAACCUUUAGAGGUCACGCGGAAUUGAUAUUCCAGGGUCCGUUAAAGGGGAAAGAUGAACCAGUACAAAUCACAUACUUGCUCCUAUGGAUGGGACAAAAAGGAAGAGAAAUUUAUAAAACUUUAGUGUUGACAGCUGAUCAGAAAAAAUCAGUAAAAGCUACCGCCGACGCAUUUGAAAAACACGUUCAGCCGAAAUCAAACCCAGUAUUUGCGCGGUUCAAAUUUAAUAAUGAAGUGCAAGGUGAAUAUACCAUGGAACAAUUCAUCACACGACUUAAGAUACUUGCAAAUGACUGUUCUUAUGGCGAAGCCUACAAGGAAGAUUUGAUUAGAGAUCGAAUCGUGUUCGGUGUAAAGUCGUCCAAAAUAAGAGAGAAGCUUUUGACAGUAGGUGAGAAACUAACAUUGGCGAAAGCUGUUGACAUAUGUCAGACUGUAGAAUAUGCACAAGAGCAAAUGAAUAACAUGCAAGAAUCGUCUUCUAUUAACUAUGUACGGAAAACUACUCACAAAAAAGAGGAAUCGAGAAAACAAGAUAUAAAGUGCAAAGGCGGGUCGCGGAAAUCAACGGAAAACAAGCCCGAUGUCGCGCACAAAUCGUGCCAAAACUGUGGUCAAUUCCAUGGGGACAAACAGUGUAAGGCGAAGGGAGUGCAAUGCCGAAACUGUAAAAAAUGGAAUCACUACGCGAGGGUGUGCAGGAGUAAACGUGUCAAUGAAGUGAGGGCUGAUGAUUCAUCUGAGGAUAUUUACAUUGAUACAGUAAUUAGUGCUGUGGACAAGAUGUGCAAUCAGGCAUUUGGAUAUUAA